AUAAUGGUGACAAGUUUGCUCUUUGCAUGUUUGGGUGGUCACUUGUUGCUAGGCAGUGUUCACUUGGGUCAAUCAAAUUUGCCACCUAAGCCAGUGAAAAACAAUGUGCAUCAGUCAUGCCUGCUAGUCUAUUUGCAUAACAAGCUCGGGACAGAAACUGUAGUGCAGGGGGUGGGGAGCUCCGGUCCGUCGUGAUCAGCUCAUCAGCAAGCUGCGUAAAGGCCUGAAAUGAUCACAACCAAUUGAAUCAGGUGUGUCAGAGUAGGGAAGGAUCUAAAAGAAGCACGAUAUGGCUCUCGAGGAGUUGGAGUUCCCUACCCCUGUUGUAGUGCAUUGUAAUUCAGACACAAAAAGAAAUUCCUACAAAGCCUUUUGUGAAUUUUCACUAUGAAUGCAACGGAAUAGUUUUACGCCAUUCGACUUUUGUGAUACAGUGGUUCACUUCUCUGGCAGGUCACCGUAUCGAUUGCCUGCAGGCUGGUUGUCCCGCUCCCAGCGCUCAAUAGUAAUUAGUUGGCCUCCUGACGCUAUGGCACAAAAGCCCAGCGCGGCCUCCUGUUAUCCCUGAACUGGACAUUCACACCAGUAGAGAUCAACUGCUCCCUCAUGUUAAUUGACUCACUGACGUGUGAAACGCUGACCUGCAUUGUCCACGACGUCAAGUUGACACCAUUGGCCACUUUUUUUUUUUCCGUGGACAAAAGGUCAUUGGCAGCCACUUGAGCACCCCGCAAGGUGGAUCCAGUGCAGCGUCACAGCAACAAAAAGCUUCGCAGCCUGCCCAACUAUUUCAUCAUGAACCUGGCAGUAAGCGACUUCCUCAUGGCCUUCACGCAGUCACCAAUCUUCUUCAUCAACUGCCUCUACAAAGAAUGGGUGUUUGGAGAGAUGGGUUGUAAAAUGUAUGCGUUCUGCGGUGCCUUGUUUGGCAUCGCCUCCAUGAUAAACCUGCUGGCCAUCUCCAUCGACCGCUACAUGGUGAUCACCAAACCAUUGCAGACCAUCCACUGGAGCUCCAAGAAAAGAACCACACUGGCCAUUAUCUCUGUGUGGCUCUAUGCACUGGCCUGGAGUCUGGCUCCCCUUGUUGGAUGGAGCUCUUACAUCCCCGAGGGCCUGAUGACAUCAUGCACUUGGGAUUACGUCACAUACACAGCGGCCAACAGGAGCUACACCAUGAUGCUAUGCUGCUUUGUCUUCUUCAUCCCGCUUCUUAUCAUCUUCUACUGCUACCUAUUGAUUUUUCUGGCUGUCAGGAAGACCAGCAGGGAGGUAGAGAGACUAGGCACCCAGGUGAGGAAAUCCACAUUACUCCAUCAGAAAUCCAUCAGAAGUGAAUGGAAACUGGCCAAGAUCGCCUUUGUGGUCAUUGUGGUUUAUGUCCUCUCCUGGUCACCGUACGCCUGCGUCACACUCAUUUCAUGGGCCGGCCAUGCCAACAUCUUGUCGCCAUACUCCAAGUCUGUUCCUGCUAUCAUAGCAAAAGCCUCCACUAUCUACAACCCUUUCAUCUAUGCCAUCAUUCAUAAUAAAUACAGGUUGACUCUGGCAGAGAAGUUUCCCUGCUUGUGGUUUCUGUCUCCCACUCCUCGAAAGGAGUGCAUCUCCUCCUCAUCCAUCAGCGAAUGCUCCUUCAGGGACUCCACCAUCAGUCGCCAGUCCACCGCAUCCAGGACUCACUUCAUCAGAGCGUCCUCUAAAUCGACUGACAUGGUCCCAAGAGAUGUGGAGAUGGAGUCUCUCGGAAGAAAGUCUGGAAAUUCAUUUAGGAGUGUGUCAUCCUACCAUCAGUCCAGCAGAGGCAGCUCCUUCAGGAGGCCACUGGAGCACAAGACCACCCAUAAAGAGGAGAAGCAUCCAUGUACCAUGACUGAGUCAUCAGGCAACUGUGACCAUGAACUGGUUUCUAGCACGCUCACCAGCGCCACUCUCCCCCUACUAGUUCUUACCAGGAGGCGUAGUCGCAGUCUGACCCACAAAGACUCAAAGAGGGACAAAACCAUUCCCGACAGGCCGCAAGGCUGCAAGAGCAACUCGGCUGACUCCCUGUGCAUCGGACGAGCCUCGACGGCCGAGCCGCAGGCAUCGCAGCAGCAGGGUGUCCCUCGAAUUGUCGUCAUCAGUCCCACGUCCGAGAGCAGACUGGUCCAGCAGGACAGCCUCUGCUUGGAGGAGGCGAUGGCAAAUAACGUUUUGGUUAGUCUGAACUUCUCGUCUGAGGUUUUGGAAGCGGUGGAGUUGCUAUCCUGACUUGUUGGAGGACAUUUUGGCUCUUCUCCAUUCUCCAUGUUGCGUCGCAGCAGUUUUUUUAAAGGCUUUGUCUUUCACGUUGUCAAUGUACAGUAUUUCAAUCUUUCAGUGAUUUGUGGUACCCUAAUGAGUUUGGCAAAAAGCAUACAGUCCUCUGAGCCCCAAACCCUACACCUUGGACAGUUUGCCAGUAAACUGUUGAAUGUUGGUCGUUUGGCCGAAAUCAAAUUCCACACUAAGUCAGCUGUGUGAAACCCUGGACAACACCAGAAGAAAAAAAAGGCAAUCAAGGCUACAGGUAAUGAUAAACUGGCCUUAAUGCUCCUGCACUGGGUGCAAAUAUACAAAGUUUGAGGGAAUUUGGAGCCAGAAGAGAAGGGUC